CCACCAUCACCACAACCACAACCAUAACCCAUCUAACAACCCCCAGCAAACUCCCACCACCAUGACCACCAUAACCCCAACCUCCGACAUGGAAAUAAACGUCGACAUCUACACCCAAGAGCUCCUCCUCGCCGCCUCCAACCACUCCAUCCCAACCCUCCGUCGCCUGAUCCGCGAGAACCAACUCCCCGGCAACCCCGUCAAUGUCAAAGACCCCGAAACCGGCUUCUCGCCUCUCCACACCGCCAUCGCAGCCUACGAGCCGGAAGAACAACAAGCCAACGGCGUCGACCCCAAUGCCUCGGAAGCAGAGCAAAGCGGCAGUAGCGCAGCAGAGACAGUCAAGUUCUUACUCCAGGAAGGCGCAAUCUGGAACGAUCUGGACCUGAACAACGAGACACCAGGAUGUAUUGCGAAGAGAAUCGGAGCGGGGGAAUUGUACGAGAUGAUGGUUGAUGCGGGCGUUAGGGCCGAGUUAUUGUUGGGACGGUUGGACGGGUAUGAGGCUUUGUCUGAUGACGAGGAUGACGAAGAAGAACAAGAACAAGAGGGCGAGCAGGCCGAGACCGAAAACGAGCAGCAAGAGGAAUCAACCACCACCGAACCCACCGAACCCACAACCGAAGAGGAACCCUCCACCGACCCCUCAGUAACCAACCCACGCUACCUAGACUCAACCCUAACCUUCACCAACGACCGACUCCUCGACGCGGACCAAAACGGCGUCAUGAUGUCCUGGGAAUCGACCAUCAUGGAGAAAUCCGCGCAGAAGCUUCUCCCCACGCCCGGGCUCCGCGUUCUCAACAUCGGUCAUGGAAUGGGUAUCGUGGAUACAUUCAUUCAAUCCCAUCAGCCUAGCGAACAUCAUAUCAUUGAGGCGCAUCCGUCCGUGGUGGCGGAGAUGAAGCGUAAGGGGUGGGAUCAGAAGCCCGGGGUGCGGAUUCAUGAGGGUCGGUGGCAGGAGGUUCUCCCUGCGUUGGUGGGUGAGGGGGUGGAGGUGGAUGCGAUUUACUAUGAUACGUUUGCGGAGUCGUAUGCGGAUUUCCGGGAGUUUUUCAGUGAGCAAGUGAUUGGGAUUUUGGAGCAGGAUGGGGGUCGUUGGGGAUUCUUCAAUGGGAUGGGGGCCGAUAGGCAGAUUAGUUAUGAUGUUUAUCAGAAGGUGGUGGAGAUUGAUUUGUUUGAGGCUGGGUUUGAGGUUGAGUGGGAGGAGAUUGAGGUACCUAAGUUGGAGGGUGAAUGGGAGGGCGUGAGGAGGCCGUACUGGAUGAUUGAGAAGUAUAGGCUGCCUGUGUGUAAGUUUAUGAUGUGAUGGAUGGGUGGGGUUGGAUUUAUGUGAUGAUGGUAUAGAAUUUGACCUGCAAUCUAUUGCAUCUUUAUUAA